CAUCAGAUCCUGAAGUCAGCACAAUGAAUGAAAUGCUUGCAUAGCAUAUUGCUCUAAGACCAAGGAAACAAGACACCACCUCAGACUGGCUUCCUAGAACAAAUUGUCUUUUGCUGACGAAAUCACCAUUCCCACGUGUGUUGAAUAAUCCAUAUAAAUUAGGAUUUAGAUAAGCAGAGGACAUGAAGAUACCCAUAGAAUAAUAUAAAUUUGAUCUCUUACACAUCCCUUUAAGAGCUGUUAGUGGAUCACCCUUCUGCAGACACUGCUAAUGGGCUCAGUGAACUGAAGACGUGUCACUGUAUUUUUGUUGUUUUCUAUCUAGCCCAAUGUUCUGCUUUUGUCUGCACAAUUCUUUGUUAAAGCUACAAGCCCUUGAAACUGACUUGUGCUCUGCAUUUUUGCCAACCCAGGAAGAAACUCCUCAGCUGGAGGCUUUCAAGGAUCCUCUAGCCUCUUCCUCAAUUCAAUCCAGUGUGCAAACUGAUGGGGCCAGUUGUGGAGAGCAAUGUCACUUCAUUUCUCCUAUUAUUGCUUUUAAUUUAAUGCAUCAGCAGAGAGAUAGUGAAGAGCCUGUACCAGCCCAUAGAGACUGGCAGAGUGACGCAGACAACGGCCCAGAAGACCAUCACUCCUUAGGGACCAGUAGACUACUAUAUCAUAUUACUGAUGGAGAUAAUCCCCUUCUGUCACCACGCUGCUCAAUCUUUAGUCAAAGCCAGAGAUUUAAUUUAGACACAGAGUCGGCCCCUUCCCCACCAAGUGCUCAGCCUUUCAUGAUGCCCAGAAGUUCUUCCAGGUGUAAUUGUGAGGACUGCAAAGAACCGCAGACAGUAAUGCAACUUACCAAACAUCUUCAAAGUCUCAAGAGAAAAAUCAGGAAGUUUGAAGAAAAGUUUGAACAAGAAAAAAAAUAUCGGCCUUCACAUAGUGACAAAACUUCCAAUCCUGAAGUCCUGAAAUGGAUGAAUGACUUGGCUAAAGGUCGUAAACAGCUCAAAGAGCUUAAACUCAAAAUGUCAGAAGAGCAAAAUUGUACCCCGAAAGCACCCAAAAGAAUUGUGGAGCAUGAGAGCCCUGGAAUAUACAAAGAGACCAGGAAGCAAGAAGCGGCAAGUACUGAACCAAAUCCAUCCGUCGAAGAAACCAUGGAUACCAUAAUGAAGCGAUUAAAGGAGAAAAGACAACUGUUUAACCUCCCUGAGACUAUAAAGGAUAUGACAAAAAAGCAAAUGGCUUUGGAAAAAAUCAGUCUUCAGAAAUGUCUGCUAUAUUUUGAGAAUAUUCAUGGACGACCUGUAACUAAACAAGAGAGGAGUAUUAUGAAGCCUCUUUAUGACAGAUACAGAAUUAUCAAGCAACUUCUCUCAACACCAUCUUUGAUUACAACAAUUCAGGAGGAAGAAGAUUCAGAUGAAGACCGUUCUCAAAGCAGCCAUGAAUUAUCAUCCAGUUCGGCAUCUAACCUUCCUGUAGAUGACCAUCUGUGCUGCUCAGAUGAGGAGAAUGAGCCUGUAAUUGUUUCACCUCUGGAUGAAAAAAAGGCAAUCAAACAACCAGCCCUAUCUCUGUCCAAUUUACAUGAGGCCACAAUGCCUGUGCUACUUGAACAUCUCAGAGAAACAAGAGCUGACAAGAAAAGGCUUCGCAAAGCUCUGAGAGAAUUUGAGGAACAGUUCUUUAAACAAACAGGAAGGAGUCCACAAAAGGAAGAUCGCAUACCCAUGGCUGAAGAGUACUCUGAAUAUAAGCAUACAAAAGCCAAACUCAGGCUCUUAGAGGUUCUCAUCAGUAAGCACGAUGUCUCUAAAACAAUUUGAAGUCAAUGAAAUACACAGC